GCAUAAAUCGAUGCGCUUCAGCCGCGGGCUUUUAGCUACUUUUAGCCCACUCCAAUUUUUCUGCGUCCCGGUUUACGGGAUUUUUACUUUACGCCGAACAUUUCAAAACGUUACGAUGGUAUGAUCUGAAAAAUCACGAUUCUCGAUGAAUUUACCUCGUUUUGAAAUAUCGCGUAUCCUUGAUUACAUAUCAUUCGCGAGUACUUUUGUGUAUUUUUCCAAUAAGAAUAAUAAGAAUAUGAUAUUGGUUUUUCAUUGUUCGAGUACUUGCCGUAGUUGCGUCGAACGAUUCGUCCGAGGCUAACAUGUUACUUAUAAUAUUAACGAUUCGCAAAAUUUCGUUAACCCCGGAAAUUUGCGUUUGGCAACACGGGGACUUGUGUGUAUCAGCUGCAUAAUUAUAUUAAAUAAUGAGAAUCAACGCAACGAAAAUGAGUACUCCGAUCGAGGAGAAGAUUGAUCAAAAAUUGAAGGUGAGGACUGGAAUGGUAAGUGUUAGUGAUGGAAAAAGUAAACCAGUCCCAAUGCGUUUACAUCUGUCUAUGGAAGUUUUAAAGCUCCAAAGAGAAGAUUUAGAGCAGGCAGCGAAUCAUAAUAAACCACCGUUAGAUGCUAAAGAGAGAAUGGUGCAAAUUACUAGACAAAAAGUUGGAGGAUUAGGAUUAAGCAUAAAGGGAGGAGCAGAACAUAAACUUCCUGUACUUAUAUCUAGAAUUUAUAAAGGCCAAGCAGCUGAUGAAUGCGGCCAAUUAUUUGUAGGAGAUGCAAUAAUUAAAGUAAAUGGAGAAUAUAUAACUGCAUGUAAUCAUGAUGAUGCUGUCAAUAUUUUAAGAAAUGCAGGUGACAUUGUAGUUUUAACAGUAAAACAUUAUCGUGCAGCAAAGCCAUUUCUACAGAAAAAUGAAAAAGAAGAGAAAUUAGAUAAUGUUGCAAAUGGGAGUUCAGAAGAUGAGUGGUUAUCACCUAACAGACAAAGUGGUAGUCCUAGAUGUGGUCAUAGUAGACAAAGUUCAAAUGCAUCUGCUACAUCAAUGCAAUAUAAAAAAUGGAUAGAUGUUAUAACAGUUCCAUUGAUGAUGGCUUAUGUUACAAGAUAUAUCUUUGGAACAGAUAAAUUAAGAAGAAAUGCGUUCGAAGUAAGAGGAUUAAAUGGUGCACGUACUGGUGUAAUACACUGUGAUGAUAGUGCCAUUCUAAGCCAAUGGUUAAAAUAUAUUACCGAUAACAUUACAGGUUUAACGCACUUACAGAUGAAAUUAUAUAAUCGCAAUUUCGGAAUCGGUGAACGUAUAGAAUAUAUGGGCUGGGUCAACGAAGCAGUAAGCAAUAGUAAUCAGCCAUGGCAAAGUUAUAGACCAAGGUUUCUAGCGCUAAAAGGACCUGAUUUGUUAUUAUUUGAAACACCCCCUUGCAACAUAGGAGAUUGGUCACGAUGUGCAUUGACUUUUAAAGUAUAUCAAACAAUGUUUCGUGUAAUGCGAGAGUCUGAAAAUGUAGAUGAAAGACAGCACUGCUUUUUAGCACAAAGUCCGGGUAAACCUCCACGAUAUUUAAGCGUUGAAACUAGACAAGAACUCUUAAGAGUUGAAGCAGCAUGGCAUACUGCAGUGUGUUCAGCUGUUACACAUUUAAAAAGUAAAACAUUUCCUGUUACUUUUAAUGGAAGAAGUGCAGGACUAACCUUAGAAUGGACUCAAGGUUUUACACUUUCUUAUGAAGAUAUUGGAGAAACUGUAUGGCGUUACAAGUUUUCACAAUUAAGAGGAUCUAGCGACGAUGGAAAAAGUAGACUGAAAUUGCACUUUCAAGAAUCGGAUAGUAUUGCUAUUGAGACGAAGGAAUUAGAAUGCUCUCAAUUGCAGAAUUUAUUGUUCUGUAUGCAUGCAUUUUUAACUGCAAAAGUUGCUGCAGUUGAUCCAACAUUUUUAACAUCGACAACUCCGUAAGAUCGAAGUAAGUAUUAUUGCCAAAUAAACCACAGAGAAAAAUAGAUCACUGUUCAACAUUCAUAUAUUUGCAUAAACGUACAGAAAUAUUCUAAUUAUCAAAUUAGAUCAAAGAUACGUCAAAUACUAGUCAAUUUUUGAGAAAGAUAUUUAUUGUUUUUGAAAAAAAUAUUAUAUAAACAUUUUACCUUAAUGCUUCUAGUUUUAUUUGUAUGGAAUAUUAGUUUUAUAGUUGGUAAUAUUCAUUGCUAUGAGGUAUUUCAUUUAUAUGUGUUAUUGCGUACUUUAUUAUUAAUUAAGUACUGCUAUUUAUUUUUUAUACUUCAUAGAUUAAGUCGAUUAUGAAAUACAGAUUGUUUCUUUACUUUUAAAAAUGUUUUAUAUAACAUUUCUUUUUAUAUAACAAUCAUAUUUGCAUUUACUAGAAAAAAAGAAAUGUUAAGUCAGAAAUUUAAAAAAAAAACGCGCUCGUUCAUGAUUUUUAAGUUGCAAUGAUAAGGUGCAAUCUCUUUUGAGCAAUAAGUUGCACAUUUAUAUAUUAAGUUUUGUCACGUAUAUCGGGUGCCUUAAAAACCAUGAACAAGAUAUACAUAAUUAAUAAAUUUAAAAAAUUGAUAAGUUAAACUGAAGUUAAAUAGUUCUCUAGAGCAGCAAAUUUUAUGCGUCUGAUACUACCAAAUGUGUAUUAUACUAGAAAAUUUCAUUUUAUGUUAAAUACCGACAUUUGAGAUUAUAUUAGCUUGAUAUUAAUUUUAAAUCAGUAUUAUUUGAGCAAAACAAAAUCAUGGUGUAAUAAUCUAAUAGCAAUAAGUAGUAGACCAUGGUGGCCAUCUAUUAAAAAAAUUUAUUUACAGAUAUAUAAAUGAUGAGGGAUAGAUUACAGGGGGUUAGAUUACGAAUUAUUGAAGCUUAUCAUUAAAUGAGCGUUAUAAGUAAUUCAAUUACCAUUAUUUAUUUCUUUUAAAUUUUAGCAAUGCAUUCUUAUAUAGAUUUUGAUUUAUACGUACGAUAUUAAUUUGAGAAAAAUAGUCAUUUUAAUAUUGUGAACUUUGUUUGCUAGAUAUUUUUUAUUUUUCCUACAUGAAAAUUCUACUGCAUGAGAAUUUAUUAUUACAUCAUGAGUUUUCAUUUCCUUUAUCACAAUUAAAAGUUGUAAUGUUAUUAAAAUACAUUAAAGUAAUUUUUGGAAUAAGUAUCACACUCUGUGCAAUUAAUCUAUCAAUUUACAAAUCUAUUUAGAGCAAUAAAUGUAUAAUGAAUGAAGAACAAAACAAAUGCUGUUUAGAUUACUAACUGCACUUUAUAUUAAUCAUGAUACACAAUUUUUAUUGUUAAGAUAUGAGAAUUUUAUCAUAACCAUCUCAAAAAAUAAAACUAUAUGUGCUUACAGCUACAUGUAUAAGUAUAUUCUAUUUAUCAAUUAGUUACUCAACUUUCUCUGUUGAUUUAUAAAAAAAGACAUAUUUUUAGCAUCUAUAUAGAAAUGAAUUGUAAUAAUAAAAAAAGUUGUUAAAAAUUUCAUUUUCAUUGCAUUUCAAAGAUCUCCAAUUACUUGUAGAAAGUGCCUAUAUAAAUGUAUAUAAUACAAUAGUAAUUAUGAAAAAAUUCAUUAUUUAGAAUCAAUUUUGUUUGUUUCACUCUUAAAGUUUAAAGCGUUACCAUGGUCAGAAUUUUAAAUAAUGUCAUAAUAAUUUAUGAUUAAAAGGCACUUUAGAAAAAAAGGUCAUUCUAUUCUAUUCAAGUGUUUUAUAAUAGUAUGCUUUAUAAUUUGGUAUGUUAUCUUGUUUAUUUAGAAAACGACCAUAUGCGUAUAAUAUUGAACAAUAAUAUAGUUUAGAAAUUAAGUAAAACUCAUUACUGAAUUUAAUUACAGAAGCAUUGCGGUGAAAUUUUAUAAAUGUCGUUAGACAGGGCCAAAAUAGCCCAAAGAAAAAGCAAAUACAGGGAAGUAUUGUUUAGCAGGCAAUCACUUGUUAGAUUCGCAAUUUCAUAAAAGUAUAAUAUAAAAGUAAUUCAAAUACGAGUCAAUCAUAUAACAAUAUACGUAUCCAUACAACAAUUGUAAUUAUCCCUAAACAUAUGUUGCGAUAUUCUAUAAUAUUGCUGUUUUUUAUUGUACACGUACAUCGCAUGCGUUCUAUAGUUAAAUUUAGAUUAUUAUUAAAAAAAACUGCACAAUUAGAUUAAAUAGAUAAAAUAAGUAUAAGUAAUAGAUAUGAAAUUGAACUGCGAGAGUUGAGCGUAACGAUAAACGUAUUUGUUAUUUAUUUUUAACAUUUAUUAAAAUUUAUUUGUUAUUGAUUAUUGUUUAAAAAAAUUACUUUUCAAAUGGAAUCAUUGGAGAAUCCAUCCAUGUGAAAAUUUAUAAUUUUUUAUAAAUAACAAUAAGUAUUUAUUAAAUAAUAUAUUAAAUAUGAAUUAUGUUAUAAAUUCAUUUAUAAAAUUGAAAUAAUAUAAGAUUUGUAUUUAUAUUAGAUUUGAUUCAUGAAAUAUUUUAUUGCAUUUAAUGAGCUUAUUAUAUUAUAAUAUUUAACUGGAUUCUACAAUGCAUUAACAUUUGCACAAAUACUUGGAAUCAUUCUGUGUUGUACACAAAUAUCAGUGUAUAUAGUAGAACAUGGCCAUACAUUUUAUAAAAGAUAAGAUUUAAGUUGAAAAUUGUUAAUUCUGAAAUCCCAUUUCUUUCUAAUUCUCAUUAAUGCCAGAAAAAAUCUUUUUCAAAAUAUUAGAUCGACAUGGGAUUGCAGAAAUACAACUGCUAAAAGCAGAAAAGAAAACAUUCUUAUCUUAUAUUUUAAAAUAUAGUUUAUAUGUUAUAAUGUCUAUCCACCCAUUGACAAUAUGUUUUAAAAUAUAUUAUUGUUAGAAGUUAAAAA